AUGUUUUCAGUAGCUGGUCUACGAGACGAAAAAGUAUUUUGGGGUAUAUUAGCAACAGGUAUUAUUAAUCUUAUUGCAACAAUUGUUGCUUUAAAAUUAAUUGAAUUAUUGGGUCGUCGUCCAUUGAUUAUUUGGCCAUUAGCUGGUAUUAUUAUUGUUAUGAUUGGCCUUACAAUAUUGAUUGUAUUAAAUGCGAAAAAUUCAGAAGAUAAGAAAGAAGCAUUGGCGAUAGUUAGUAUUAUAUUUAUUCUCAUUUUUAUUAUUCUAUUUGCGAUUGGUCUUGGGCCUAUUCCUUUUGUAUAUUCAAAUGAAGUAUUUGCUGUUGAAGCACGUGCUGCUGGACUUUCAUCAGCAAUGUUUAUCAAUUGGUUUUGCAACUUUUUAGUUACUUUACUUUUCUUACCACUUCAAUCAGCAAUCGAAGGUUAUAUAUUUCUGGUGUUUUGUGUACUUGUGGCAUUAGCAUUCGUUCUACUUUUCUUUAAAAUGCCUGAAACAAAAAAUAAGAAAUUACAAGAAAUUCAAGCAUUCUGGAAAUAA